GGGGAGGAACCGAGAGGGCGAGGGGAGGGGCGGGGCCUGGGGAACGGCCGCGUGGAGGACACCUCGCGCUGUCUCGCGAGAGCGGGCCGCGGAGAACGGGUUCGAGGCUCGCGCGGGAGCGCGGUGCUAGCGUGGCGGCGGGGCGGGGCCUGCGGGGAUGCAGCGCCCCCUAGCGGUGCCCGCCGUGUCCCCCCGCGGCCGAACCCUCGGCCGUAAUGAGAGCGGGGCCUUGGCAGCCUGGCGGGUCGCUUGGUGCCAGGGCCGUGGCAGGGCGGAGGCCGGCGGAGCGGCUGCCCUUUGCCCGGAGCCAGCAGUUCCCAUCUCCACCGCGGGGCCAUAAAGUGCGGCGUGAAGGCGGUGCCCUCCCGCUUGCUGGUCCCUCCUGGACAGAGGGCGUUGUGCCGGAGAUAAGCGCGACGUUGCACCCAUGGCACACCACGGUCACAGGCCGCCUCGCUCACCAUGCACGAUGGAGAGGGGCGGGCCUGGCCCUGCCCUGUGUGAAGGGGACCCGCUGGGUGGGUUCCACUGGGAUCUGGCCAAGCCCAUCCAGAACCCAACCCCCCAGCGUUCACCCAGCGGGAAUGUGGGGUAUUCAACAUCCUCACCAGAGGGCGAGGGAUACGGCAGCCAGUGAGCCCCGGCCUUCGUGCCUUCAGUCCCCAGGGAAACUGAGGCACAGAAGGCGCAGGCGGCAGCUGGGCCAGGCCUGGGCAUGAGGAUCAGUGGGGAUCGACGUGGGUUGUGGAGAAGCAGCAAGUGGUAGAAUCCAAGUCAACGUCUUCCCCAGAUGUUCUCAACACUUAUAGGAUGUGAUUAAUGCUGAUACGCUUAUCUGAAAAAAAAAAAAAAAGAGAAAUUACCCCUGAAGUGGGUGAAAGUUCAUGGGCAGUUGCGGAGCCUGGACUUCGCCCAUCAGCCCAGGCCCUUCCUGCCCCGCUCCGCAGAGGAGGACAAAAACAUUUGGCUAAUGAGUUACGGAGCGCCGUGGGCCUUCCCUCUGCCAUCGCGUACCGCCGGCCCCAAUCAGGACACAGGAGAUUUUGCAAUCUUGGACACUAUUUAUGUGCUGUUGGAGUUUAAACUUUGCCACUGAGGUCAGGGCAUCGCAGAGGAGGAGGUGGCCAGGCUCAGUGUCCUGCGUACCAAGGGAGUUCAGAGGCCAGGACGGAUCUGCGGGCCCCCUGCUAGAGCUGGGAUCUCACACAGCCAUGGCCUCCACUGUGGGCGGCCUCGACAGCAUCGACCUGCUGGACCUCCUCUUUGACCGCCAGGAUGGAAUCCUCCGUGGUGUGGAGCUGGGGACGACAUCCCCAGGCACCUGGCACGAGGAUGGGCGUGCCCAGGAUGGCGAGGAUUUCCUCAGCUCCAUUCUGGGCUCUGGAGACUCAACAUCAGACUCCCCCAGCUGGUCCCCAGGUGUCAGCGACAGUGGAGUCUCUGAGGACCCCCCCUCUGAUCAACUCGACAGCCCCCCAGGGUGCUGUGAUGGAGGGCUCAGCGAAGCCCCAUACGCCUUUGCCAACUCCUGCCAGGUUCUGACACACCCUGGGGGCACCAGAGCCCCCCACUCUGAGGUCUCCAUUGACCUGGAUAUGUGGAACCCUGGCUUCUUCCUGGAGGAGGGCUGGGGCCUGUCGACGGUCCCUGCUCCUGCAUCCUGUACCCUCACUGUCAAGGACCUGCUGCUCUCGGGCAGCUCUGAUGCUCAGCCGCAGGUGCCCAGCUCCCUGCUGAGGCAGGGCCAGGGGCAGUUCCAGGAGCUCGUGCUGACAGAGGAUGAGAAGAAGCUGCUGGCAAAGGAGGGGGUGUCCCUGCCCACACAGCUGCCCCUCACCAAGUAUGAGGAGCGGGUGCUGAAGAAGAUCCGGAGGAAGAUCAGAAACAAGCAGUCAGCUCAGGAGAGCCGCAAGAAGAAGAAGGAGUAUAUCGACGGGCUGGAGAGUCGGAUGUCAGCCUGCACGGCUCAAAACCAGGAGCUGCAGAGGAAAGUCCUGCACCUAGAGAAGCAGAACUCGUCUCUCCUGGAGCAGCUGAAGAAGCUCCAGGCCAUGGUGGUGCAGUCAAGCAACAAGGCAGCACAGACGGGGACUUGCAUCGCGGUCCUGCUGCUCUCCUUCGCUCUCAUUGUCUUCCCCUCCAUCAGCCCUUUCGCCUCUAGGAAGGCUGAGACAGGUGGUGACUUUGGACCGGUGCGAGUUUUCUCCAGGUCCCUGCAUAACACAGCUGCCUCCCGUGUGGCUUACGCACAGCCCCGAGCCGGGGACGAGAAGCCCCCAGAGCCACUGUGGUCAAAGCAGCAGGAUGAAACCGAGACACUGCACAAAGCCUUCGGUAGUAGCUCCUUCACUCCACGCCUCGACAAAGCUCCCCCCAGAAACAGCACGCCACCACUUCCCUCAGAGGGGCUGAGCCAGAGCGAUGGGGACCAAGCUGCCACCGCACUGGGGGAUGGCACUGCACUGCACCACAGCCUGACAUCGCUCGCUUGGACCGAAGCUGAACACAGCAGGCCCACGGUGCUGGAGCCAGCUGAGGAGCUUUAAGCAGCACCCAGGGACUGCAGGGGAUGCAACGGGGUGGUUCAGCACCCCAACAGCUAUAAGACAGACCCUUGGGGUCCCUCUCCAGACAUGGACAGAUGCUGGAUCAUCUUGGCUUUGCUUUUAUCUGCGAACUGGGAAGAGGAGACUAGUUCCUAUUGGCCUAACCAGGAGGGAAGGAAGGGGCUGCCCCUGCUUGCUGGGUACAGCAGGAAUUGGAGAAGGGACAUGGGUUCAGUCAAGAUAGGGGUGGGGGUACCAGAGGAGCCCUGGUCUGGCUGGUUGUUGACAUUGCAGCUUGGUGGU